AUGUUGAAAAAUUCAUUGUUUUUAAUUAAUCCUCAGUUGUUACUACGUUGUAAUACUCGUCCUUUAUUAAGCACCACAUCGAUACGUUAUGGUUCAAGUGCUGUAAUUACUGCUAAACCUAAAGAUAUCGAAUUAAAUGGCGGUAGACAAACUGUCAAAGCACCAAAUUCAAGAAAGACAUUUUUAAUCGAUUCAUAUAAACAUAUGAUGGAGACUCAUCCUGUUGUAAUAUUUUUACAUUAUAACAAUUUAAUUAAAUCUGAAGAUCAUCAUUUUAGAGAUCAAAUUAAAUCAACUAAUGGGAAAUUACAUAAGAUUCGUAAUAAUUUAUUUAAAGUUUAUUUGAAAAAUUCAAAUCAAUCAGAUCCAUGCGCUCCAAUUGAUAGUAAAAAUGAAACUUUAGUUAAAAAUCAUCCUUUGUAUCCAUUAUUUACAGGUCCUACAGCUGCUAUCACUUAUAAGGAUAUUAAUCCAACAGAUAUUGCUAAAUUAAUUAAAUUAUUAAAUAUUGCAAAGGAUAAAUUAUUUGUUAUUGGUGCAAAAAUCGAUACUGAUAUAAUGGAUCCUUUCCAAUUAGGUACAUUCAGUAAAUUACCUUCUUUACCACAAUUACAAGCAACAUUGGUAUCUAUGCUACAAAUGUCUGGUGGUGGUAGUUUGGUACAAACAUUAGAAUCUUCAACUCAAAAGCUGUAUUUGACUUUAAAAUCUCAUGAGGAUAAUAUUAAGGAACCAAAAGAAUAA